UACAUCAUCUCAGCCUAAUCUCUUUACACUUUGAUUGCAUUUUCCGGAUGUAGGUACUUGCUUUCAGUGUGCUUUCUAGAUUGAUAUUGCAAAUGAUGUGUCUGUUAACUGUUUUAACUUCAGAUUUACCUGCAAAAUCCUUCCAGGUGUACUUCCAAUGGUUGGUCUGCUUGUGUCUUAGGUGUGCGUUUAUCAGGGAAAUGAUGCUUUCUUUCCCCAUAUUCCAGAAAAGCAAUGUUCAAAGAUGGCAUAUCAGCUACUGGUAAUGAAAAUGAAGUCUAGGUAGUUGUGGAUGCCUUGGAUUGGAAAUAAAGUACAGUGGUAAGGAGGUGUUCGCUGUCUUGUUCGUUCAGACUUCUUGCAAACUCAAGAAAAUGGUCAAGGAUAUAUUCUGGCAUUUUUGUUUCGUUCUCAAAUACUGUUACAUUUAGUAUAAUACUUUCCUCUGAACCCCAAAAAUAUUAAUUAAUGCUUCAGAACACCUUGUACUGUAGGCGUGUCUGGAUGUGAUAGGCAUGGUUAAAGCCAUAGGAAGAUAAUUAUCAAAACUGGCCUUCAGUAGUGAGGAACUACAGAGAAAGGAGGACAGUCCAAGCCCACAGCAGCCCUACUGUGUAUCUCCCUUCUAUCGCUGGAAAAAGUGCCCUUGAAGUGACAGAAGGACCACCUCUGCUUUGGAAUCCUGAAGUAAGAUAUCACAUUGAUGUCCUGGGCAGAUGCUCUUUCCACAGCUGGUUUCAUCCCAUACAGAGGAGAUGCUGAGAACAUCCCCUGUCUUUCAUGCUCUCAAGUCACACCCUCAGAAGAACCACACAUCCACGUGUGGGGCUGUCAUGUGCUUUUCCUUCAUUUUGUUAUCUUCUUUAAGAGUUCCAGUAGGAGGAGAACUCCAUUAUGCUAAAUGCUGUAAGAGCUGGUACCUAAGGAACUACAGUUCUUACUCUUGCAUACUUUGAAACUAUAAUUAGAAGAGAUGAUGUGGGUAAGUCAGUUAUUGUGCUAGGUAAGGGUAGUAGAGUGGCUGGACAUACUCUCUUCUAACCUGUCUUCCCCUCGCAGGGGUAUUAAGGAUAAACACACAGAAGACUGGAGUGGUUCAGACACAGCAAUAAUAGAAACUAAAUAGGUAAUGAGUAUUUUUUUUGCUUUUGAGAGGGAAAAGCAAAAGCUGCUUAGUCCAACAAUGGGUGUUUCACCAUCUAAAUUGAAGUCUGCAUUAUUUUACAUGGUUGUGCAGCUAUCAGUUUCUAAUGAAGAAACAUAUGGAGUUAUUUUAAAAUUUGCUUUCACGCAUUUAUUUUAUUUUUAGAGCAACAUAAGGAAUAAGAUCAGUGCUGGAACAGUCUCCUGUUAGAUUCUAAUUUUUUAGUGUUUUUAUUACGCAGUAGCAAAGCGAUUUUCAUAGAGGUGAGAGUCAGGAAAAGGAUAACUUAAUUGUAACCUAGAGCAAUUACAGAAGCUGUAAGGAGACAUAGCAAGGAGAGGGCUGUGCAUUAGAAAAUACCUGUACAGUGUGGGUGUUCAAACUGAGCUUGCUCACGCCAGCUCUGUUAGCAGCAUUGAGAGCUUUCUCUUCUAAUUACCUUCUACACGUUGGUUGUUUUGAAGAACACAAACGUGUCAUGCAAUACUGUAAUUGGAGUAGAAGCAUCUACAGAAAUAUUGGCUGAGUGGGUACACUGAAUGCCAAGGGAUGAGUUCUGCUGCUGGGAUAUGAGAUGCAUAAAGCUGUAAGUCAGCACUUCUUGCUUGAUGCAGCAUGUUGGAACUGCUCAUAAAAGCACUGGAGAUAAAAAUCAAAUUGCGUUGUUAAUAAUUAAUCUAUUUUUUUUUUUUUUCCUUGAAAUUACCUCAUUACCCCUCCCUGAUCCACUGAAUCGCUGGAGUGGUUUACCUGUGCAGUUUUGUUUGAAGGAUACCAGUGUAUAUUUAAGGAUCCAGAGAACUGAAGACCCAGCAAGGCAGCAGCAGCCAAGAGAGGUCAAAGCACAGGUCUGGGAUGCUGACUUCAAGCACAAAACCUCCUAGCUGGCCACCUGUUUUCCUUUGUAGUGCUCCUGGUUGCUCUUACCUGAGCCCCUUCUGACUUGUCUCUCUCAGAUUUUCUCAUAAUAUUACACUAAGGUCAGGAUUGCUCUGGUGCUCCAGCCUGGAGUCACUGGGUUGUGCUUCUCUGAAUAACAGGAAGCUGACAUCGAUCUUUCAUGCACAUCAGGAACACAGUGAGUAACCUGAUUUUCAUUCUACCUCCAAUCUAUGGUGCGAUUCGGACCUAUAAAGAUGGCCUUGAAAAGCGGUAUUUAGCUGCAUAUUUAUGUCUUACAGCUGUGGGAUUGGGAUCUUGGUGCUUCCACAUGACCCUGAAGUAUGAAAUGCAACUGUUGGAUGAACUGCCAAUGAUAUACAGUUGUUGUGUGUUUGUCUACUGCCUGUACGAAUGUUUCAAGUACAAGAACACAGUCAAUUAUCCAAUGCUUUUCAUUUUAAUAACAUACAGCUUCAUAGUCAGCAUAGUUUACUUAAAAUUGAAACAGCCUGUGUUCCAUCAGAUCAUGUAUGGAACACUAGUUUCUAUUAUAGUUCUGCGAUCUGUUUAUAUAGUAUUAUGGGUAUACCCAUGGCUUAGAGGUCUAGGCUAUACAUCUUUAACUGUAUUUCUGAUGGGAUUCUUCCUCUGGAAUGUGGACAACAUUUUUUGUGAGAAAUUGAGAGCACUACGAGAGAAGAUGCCUCCUGUUUUGGGAGCUGUGACACAGUUUCAUGCGUGGUGGCACAUUCUCACAGGCCUGGGCUCUUAUCUUCAUAUCUUGCUCAGUUUAUACACAAGGACACUUUUCCUGAAACACAGGCCAAAGGUGAAGUUUCUUCUUGGAAUAUGGCCUGUUCUUCUUGUGGAGCCACCCAAGAAGCUUUGACUGAGAGCUAGGCCGUCACGUGCAUCCACUUAGCCUGGCUGAAUAAAGUGAUUCAACACUUGUUAUGGCUGGAUUGUCAAAAUCGUGGAUCAGUUCAAGUCCCAUUGCUACAAAAGGACUUCUCUGUGUUACUUGGCCUGCCCGCCAGAACAGAGCAAAGAGUUGGCACAAUAGGAGAAUAACGCUUAGUACAGCUUUAUUCUAAGUUGUUAAAACAAAGAUUAAGACACAAUAUUUUUAUGUAUAUGUCGUAUAGCUGAUGAUACUGAGCUAAUAUUUCGUGCUGGUCACAGAAAACUAACCGUUUUUGAAGUGGGUUGCUUAAGUUUUUCAUUCAGUUGUUGUUCUUUCUGUGGUGUAAACUAAUAUUAGUAACUGAAUGAUAAAAACAGGUCACUGAUGGCCAAGCUAAGCAUCUGUGUGGACUGUAGUGGACUGAAUGCUUAACCUGAACUACUUUAAUCUUGCACUUUCAUACAAUUAAUGAAGUAUGUAUGAUUGAUUUAGGGCUUUAUUCUACCCUUGCUUCUCUACAGCCUCCUUUGCAAUUGAUAUUUUAAGCAAAAAGGUUGGGAUACAUGUGCCAUUUGGUUAAUUUUGUACCAAGUUUUCACUUUUGUUUUAGCCCAACUGAGGUACAUCAUACAAGAUGUUCCAGGGUGUGACCAAGAGAAGGCAUUUGUGAUAUAUAGGAGCUGUUUGUGUGUGGAAACAAAAUUCCUAAUUUGUUUGACUGGUGAUCCAUCAGGUGGUUUAUAACCACAAGAAACAUGUAAAAAUCUUUUUUUAUUUACAUGCCUUCUUUUUCUCUUCAUACUUUCCUAAUCCCAUUAUGCUAGCCUUAGCACAGAUUGACAAACACUGUGUAUGUGUGUGCUUGUUCAGCUUUGAAUUCGUGCCUUUCUAUUAUUUUAUGAGUCUUAAAUACUGCUGUGACUUUCAGAAGCAUCUGUUUCAGAAAUAUUGACAAAAGAGUAAAGAACAAGAUUUAUGUUGAGGAUGCCCCAAAACAUGCAGCAUUUUGAUUGCUUGCUCUUAAUGUUUCCAUCAUGUGGUUUCUCUGUGGAAAGUUGAAUACCUUUUUAACACCAACCUUUGGCUCUUAUCUGGGGACAAACCCUCUGAUUUCUGUGUUUUUUUCCUACCCAGAUGAUCAAAAUUAGCAAGCAUUAAAAAUUAAAAUAAAAAAAAUAAUAAUAAUUGAACACAGUUUUUCAAAAUAUACCUCAUAUUGGUGGCUCGUUUUGUCUGUCCAGAGCUUGGGGUGGCUAAUGUAGUUUGUCUCUAGGCCAUCAAGCUGCCAUGCUAUGCAAUUGUUGAUGCUUUGAGGAAUUUAUCCUUCUUGCCACCAAGGGAAAAGGGAAGUGCUCAGACUGAUGGCAAGUCCUGCUCUGCAUUGAUUUAAAACAUGCCCACAGCAGUGAGGCACGGUAAUGUGACUAUAAAGCUGUCUCUCUGGUUGAAAAAAUCAGACUUAUGUAUAUCUUCUGUGUCCAUUUGUGGCAGCCCUGCUGAUGCAAAGCUCUAAACAAAAUCAUGGCUUUUGGUUAUGGUGACUAAGCCUGGACUCUUGGGAUCCAAACUCAGGACUAGAAAACAAUGCUUAACCUUCAGUGACUCCAGCGAGGUUUGUGCAUGUGCUAAGAGCAGUGCAUUUUGACCUGUCAUCAGUUAACAAGACUUCUGAACAACAUUUUUUAAACAAAUCCGUUGUCAACCUCAUCUCU